GGCGCGCAAGAUGGCGGCGAGCCCGGGCACCGCCCCUUCCGCCCCGCCGGGCGUCGCACGAGGCCGGCUCGAAGGGGAAGUGAGUCAGUGUCCGCGGACCCGGCCGGCCCAGGCCCGUGCCCGCCGCGGCCCUGAGAGGCCCCGACAGGCCCCGGCCCGGCGGCGGCGGCGGCCAUGGCCGGGGGGCCGGGCCCGGGGGAGCCCGCAGCCCCCGGCGCCCAGCACUUCUUGUACGAGGUGCCGCCCUGGGUCAUGUGCCGUUUCUACAAAGUGAUGGACGCCCUGGAGCCCGCCGACUGGUGCCAGUUCGCCGCCCUGAUCGUGCGCGACCAGACUGAGCUGCGGCUGUGCGAGCGCUCCGGGCAGCGCACGGCCAGCGUCCUGUGGCCCUGGAUCAACCGCAACGCCCGUGUGGCCGACCUGGUGCACAUCCUCACGCACCUGCAGCUGCUCCGCGCGCGGGACAUCAUCACAGCCUGGCACCCUCCCGCCCCGCUUCCGUCCCCAAGCACCACUGCCCCGAGGCCCAGCAGCAUCCCUGCACCCGCCGAGGCCGAGGCCUGGAGCCCCCGGAAGUUGCCAUCCUCAGCCUCCACCCUCCUCUCCCCAGCUUUUCCAGGCUCCCAGACCCAUUCAGGGCCUGAGCUCGGCCUGGUCCCAAGCCCUGCUUCCCUGCGGCCUCCACCGCCAUCUCCAGCCCCUUCCUCUACCAAGCUAGGCCCAGAGAGCUCAGUGUCCCUCCUGCAGGGAGCCCACCCCUCUCCAUUUUGCUGGCCCCUCUGUGAGAUUUCCCAGGGCACCCACAACUUCUCAGAGGAGCUCAAGAUCGGGGAGGGUGGCUUUGGGUGCGUGUACCGGGCAGUGAUGAGGAACACGGUGUAUGCUGUGAAGAGGCUGAAGGAGGACGCUGACCUGGAGUGGACUGCGGUCAAGCAGAGCUUCCUGACCGAGGUGGAGCAGCUGUCCAGGUUUCGUCACCCAAACAUUGUGGACUUUGCUGGCUACUGUGCUCAGAACGGCUUCUACUGCCUCGUGUACGGCUUUCUGCCCAACGGCUCCCUGGAGGACCGUCUCCACUCUCAGACCCAGGCCUGCCCACCUCUCUCCUGGCCUCAGCGACUGGACAUCCUUCUGGGUACAGCCCGGGCAAUUCAGUUUCUACAUCAGGACAGCCCCAGCCUCAUCCAUGGAGACAUCAAGAGUUCCAACGUCCUUCUGGAUGAGAGGCUGACACCCAAGCUGGGAGACUUUGGCCUGGCCCGGUUCAGCCGCUUUGCCGGGUCCAGCCCCAGCCAGAGCAGCACGGUGGCCCGGACGCGGACGGUGCGGGGCACCCUGGCCUACCUGCCCGAGGAGUACAUCAAGACGGGAAGGCUGGCUGUGGACACGGACACCUUCAGCUUUGGGGUGGUGGUGCUCGAGACCCUGGCUGCUCAGAGGGCUGUGAAGACGCACGGUGCCAGGAUCAAGUAUCUGAAAGACCUGGUGGAAGAGGAGGCUGAGGAGGCUGGAGUGGCUUUGAGAAGCACCCAGAGCACACUGCAAGCAGGUCUGGCUGGCCCAUGGGUCACUGUGAAGACUGGACCCUGCCACUUGAUGGAACCCCUGUGA